CAAUGUUUUGUUGAACAUCUGACUCAGAGCCUUUGGCAACACUUUCAUACAUUAUCAGCAUAAUCAGCUUCACGGAAGUGUUCGUUCCUGAGCGGUGAAUUAAGGCGUUGUGGAGAUCCAUUUGCACAUCAUGGAAAGGUCACUGAAUCUCUAGAUAACAAACUGAGACAGCCUACUAUGGCACAGAUUCCCCAGCAAGGACAGUUUACUACAACUGCUAUGGCCCAGCAAGAACAGCCACCCAUAGGCACAUUCCUUCAGCAGGGACAACCUAGUACAACUCCCCUUGUCCAGCAGGCACAUCCAACUACAAUUCCUCUUGUCCAGCAGGGACAGCCUACAACAACUCUUGCCCAACAAGGACUGUCUGCCUCAACUCCUUUUGUCCAGCAGGGACAGUCUGCCUCAACUCCUUUUGUCCAGCAGGGACAGUCUGCCUCAACUCCUUUUGCCCAGCAGGAACAGUCUGCCUCAACUCCUUUUGUCCAGCAGGGACAGUCUGCCUCAACUCCUUUUGUCCAGCAGGGACAGCCUACCACAACUCCCAUCCAUCAGCAACAGCCUACUACAACUACUUCUGUCCAGCAGGGACAGUCUACAUCAACUCCUUUUGUUCAGCAGGGACAGUCUGCCUCAACUCCUUUUGUCCAGCAGGGACAGUCUGCCACAACUCCUUUUGUCCAGCAGGGACAUGCUGCAUCAACUCCUUUUGUCCAGCAAGGGCAACCUACCACAACUCUUGUCCAACAGGAACAGUCUGGCACAACUCCACUUGCCCCAAAAGAAAAAAACAUUAUGCCCUCAUGUCUCCCUGCUCAGUAUACCCAACAAGGAAUGCCUCCAGCAGACCCACAAACUAUUACUCAGAUAUAUCAGCAUCAAGUGUCAAAUAAUCUUCAAAAUCCUCCUAUCCAUAUUGAUAACCAUCAGACGUUAGGACAUCAGGCUACAGAAUCACCAGGGGAAUGCUGCAUAGGAGUUUGCCAGGUAAAUCGAGUAAUAUUUGUAGUGAUAUUUUAG